AUACCAUUCACUACACCAACACACUUUCUUCCUUAAUUUUCUAGCUCUUGCUACGUACUUGAAUUCAAUUAGUUAUUAAUGGCUGAGAUUGAGGGUUCUCCCGGAAGCUCCAUGCAUGGAGUAACAGGAAGAGAACAAACAUUUGUAGCCUCAGUUGCUUCUCCAAUUGUCCCUACAGACACCACAGCCAAAUUUGCUCUCCCAGUGGAUUCAGAACACAAGGCCAAGGUUUUCAAACUCUUCUCCCUGGCCAAUCCCCACAUGAGAACCUUCCACCUUUCUUGGAUCUCCUUCUUCACCUGCUUCGUCUCGACAUUCGCAGCAGCACCUCUUGUGCCCAUCAUCCGCGACAACCUUAACCUCACCAAAAGCGACAUUGGAAACGCCGGGGUUGCUUCUGUCUCCGGAAGCAUCUUCUCAAGGCUCGCAAUGGGUGCAGUCUGUGACAUGUUGGGUCCACGCUAUGGCUGCGCCUUCCUCAUCAUGCUUUCGGCCCCUACGGUGUUCUGCAUGUCCUUUGUGAAAGAUGCUGCGGGGUACAUAGCGGUUCGGUUCUUGAUUGGGUUCUCGUUGGCGACGUUUGUGUCGUGCCAGUACUGGAUGAGCACGAUGUUCAACAGUAAGAUUAUAGGGCUUGCGAAUGGGACUGCUGCGGGGUGGGGGAACAUGGGAGGUGGAGCCACUCAGCUCAUAAUGCCUUUGGUGUAUGAGCUUAUCAGAAGAGCUGGGGCUACUCCCUUCACUGCUUGGAGGAUUGCCUUCUUUGUUCCGGGUUUCAUGCAUGUCAUCAUGGGGAUUCUUGUCCUCACUCUAGGCCAGGACUUGCCUGAUGGAAACCUCGGGGCCUUGCGGAAGAAGGGUGAUGUAGCUAAAGACAAGUUUUCCAAGGUGCUAUGGUAUGCCAUAACAAAUUACAGGACAUGGAUUUUUGCUCUCCUCUAUGGGUACUCCAUGGGAGUUGAAUUAACAACUGACAAUGUCAUUGCUGAGUAUUUCUAUGACAGAUUUAAUCUCAAGCUACACACUGCUGGAAUCAUUGCUGCUUCAUUUGGAAUGGCAAACUUAGUUGCUCGACCUUUUGGUGGAUAUGCUUCAGAUGUUGCAGCCAGGCUGUUUGGCAUGAGGGGAAGACUCUGGACCCUUUGGAUCCUCCAAACCUUAGGAGGGGUUUUCUGUAUUUGGCUUGGCCGUGCCAAUUCUCUUCCUAUUGCUGUAUUGGCCAUGAUCCUGUUCUCUAUAGGAGCUCAAGCUGCAUGUGGUGCAACUUUUGGCAUCAUUCCUUUCAUCUCAAGAAGGUCUUUGGGGAUCAUAUCAGGUCUAACUGGUGCAGGUGGAAACUUUGGGUCUGGCCUCACCCAAUUGGUCUUCUUUUCAACCUCCAAAUUCUCUACUGCCACAGGUCUCUCCUUGAUGGGUGUAAUGAUAGUGGCUUGCACUCUACCAGUGAGUGUUGUUCACUUCCCACAGUGGGGUAGCAUGUUUCUACCACCCUCAAAAGAUGUCAGCAAAUCCACUGAAGAAUUCUAUUACACCUCUGAAUGGAAUGAGGAAGAGAAGCAGAAGGGUUUGCACCAGCAAAGUCUCAAAUUUGCUGAGAAUAGCCGAUCUGAGAGAGGAAAGCGAGUGGCUUCAGCACCAACACCUCCAAAUGCAACUCCCACUCAUGUCUAGCCAUAGCACUUCAAUCAAAGAAGAUCAUGAAACAUAAUUACUGAGCAGUAUUGGGAAUGAAGAACCAUGAGUGAAGAUUUUUCUAAUAAGAAAUCUUGUAACAUGUAGACAUAGAAUGUUCUGGUUCUGGUUUGCGUGUGGUGUAAGAGUUGUCUACUUGUGGUAAGUCAUAAGUAUCAUAAUCAGUAUGUCAAUGCAGAUCUUGAUGCUGAGUAUCAAUAGUAUCAGUUUAGUUAAUUUGAUUUAAAAUCAAUUUUACCAUUGCUGGUUGUGUUUAAUUAUCCAGUAAUUAGGACCUUUUAUUUGACUUUCUGGCUUACUAUAUGGUUGUCUACUUGUGGCAAGUCAUAAGUAUCAUAAUCAGAAUGUUCUGGUUUGUAUAUUCUGUACUUGAAAUGGAAUCAGAAAUGAAAUUGAUAUUGUACUCUUUGCAAGUUGCAACUCAA